AUGUGCUCCAGGGCCUUUCUCAGGCACAGAGCAGCUGCAGAAGCCACUGACAACAAGCCCUCCUCCUCCUCCUCCUCCUCGGACACAGAGCAGCUGCAGCUGCAGCUGGCUGGAGCCAUUCCGGACACAGAGCAGCUGCAGCUGCAGCUGGCUGGAGCCAUUCCGGACACAGAGCAGCUGCAGCUGCAGCUGGCUGGAGCCAUUCCGGACACAGAGCAGCUGCAGCUGCAGCUGGCUGGAGCCAUUUCGGACACAGAGCAGCUGCAGCUGCAGCUGGCUGGAGCCAUUCCGGACACAGAGCAGCUGCAGCUGCAGCUGGCUGGAGCCAUUCCGGACACAGAGCAGCUGCAGCUGCAGCUGGCUGGAGCCAUUCCGGACACAGAGCAGCUGCAGCUGCAGCUGGCUGGAGCCAUUCCGGACACAGAGCAGCUGCAGCUGCAGCUGGCUGGAGCCAUUCCGGACACAGAGCAGCUGCAGCUGCAGCUGGCUGGAGCCAUUCCGGACACAGAGCAGCUGCAGCUGCAGGCUGCAGCUGGCUGGAGCCAUUCCGGACACAGAGCAGCUGCAGCUGCAGCUGGCUGGAGCCAUUCCGGACACAGAGCAGCUACAGAAACGGAAUCAAGCCUGCAGCACGAAGGGGGGGAGAUGGCGGGCGAGUGA